AUGCCCGGAGCGGCGGUGGCGGCGCCGGCGGCGGCCGCCUCUGCCGGGGGAGCGGCGGCGACGGCGGGCGCGGGGGCGGCGGCGGCGCCCGGCGCCGGGGGGUUGCUGCCGGCUCAGGAGGCGGCCAAGCUGUACCACACCAACUACGUGCGGAACUCGCGGGCCAUCGGCGUGCUCUGGGCCAUCUUCACCAUCUGCUUUGCCAUCGUCAACGUGGUGUGCUUUUUCCAGCCGUACUGGAUCGGCGACGGCGUGGACACCCCGCAGGCGGGCUACUUCGGGCUCUUCCACUUCUGCACGGGCAGCGGCAUCUCCCGGGAACUCAACUGCCACGGCAGCUUCACGGACUUCUCCAGCCUCCCCUCGGGAGCCUUCAAAGCCGCCUCCUUCUUCAUCGGGCUCUCCAUGAUGCUCAUCAUCGCCUGCAUCGUCUGCUUCAUCCUCUUCUUCUUCUGCAACACCGCCACCGUCUACAAGAUCUGUGCCUGGAUGCAGCUGAGCUCCGCUGCCUGCCUUGUCCUUGGCUGUAUGAUUUAUCCUGAUGGCUGGGAUGCAACAGAGGUGAAACGGAUGUGCGGUGAAAAGACAGACAAGUACACACUGGGGGCUUGUUCAAUCCGCUGGGCAUAUAUCCUGGCCAUUAUUGGAAUCCUGGAUGCCAUGAUCCUCUCGUUCCUGGCAUUUGUACUUGGCAAUAGGCAAGACAGCUUACUAGCGGAAGAACUCAAGCUGGAAAACAAAGAUGAUGGAAAUGCUUAAAACAAGCAAAGGUAGUAUGAAACUGACUAAUUUCUGCUAAGCCAAUCCUCACUAGAAUGAGCACAAAAUAAAACCGAGUAACAGCUUUUGUACAUCAACAUUAAACGAGAAGAAGCUUGGGAAGGAAGCCUGUGAUGAAGGAGAACGUUGACAAGUGUAAAAAAAAAAAAGUCUGAUUGCCAAGAGCUGCCUUCUAAACAUAGAUCAGCCAGACGUACAAGUGGUUCUCUGGAGAGAGACUCAAUCAUGGAUUUAUCCACCAGCUCAUUAGACACUGUCGCCGAAUGCAACAUUCAGAGGGCAUGCAUGAAAAGUCACAUAAGGGGAAUAAAUUUAAAAGGGGGCGUAGUUGUCACUAGAUAAACAUAUUAAUAUACGUGCAUCAAGGAGGUUUGUACACUUUUCUAAUUAUUUGACUGAAAAGCAGAAUACUUUAAAAGAAAAUAUUUCAGAGGGCAGAGACCGUUAACACAGAGAAUUCCUGUCCUGGUGGCAUGGAAGCAGAUAGGGUGUCGCCUUCAGCUGAGCAUUUUUACGAACAAGACUCUCUUGUUUCAUGCUAUGGAGCAAAUGGUGUAACUUUUAUUCUGCCAUUUCUGUGUGCCUCAUCUGGCCUUCGUGGUACAGUUAGUUAGAAACACAGCGCCACUCGGUUUCUCUUGCUUACAUGUUCUGUUGGCUCUGUACCAAAUGUACAAUGCAGUGGCUGUUUCUGACUUGAUUUCUCAUUCUGCAAAGAUGGACAUGCUGGAUGAU